AAUAAAUAAUGUCUUGGACGGCCCCUCAUAGAAAGUGGAUGUUUUGCUCCAACCUCUCUGGUUUUGUCUCCUGGAUUUCUGGCUUUGCAGGCCUGCUGAGUCUCUCCUCCAAGAGCUCUUUGAAGGAUUCAUACUUUAUUGCUCAGUCAGAUGAAGAGCGAACGCUGGCCUGCUGGCCCCCCAGGGCUCCAAUGCAGAAAGGAGGGAGCCAUGUUGCAGGCGUGGCAGACAGCCAUACGGUCGACGCCAUCAUGCAGAUGUGGCCUCCUCCUGCUCCUCCUCAAGAGAAAGACCUCAAGAAGGAGGCUGGCCCCAGUUCAGAAUUUCUGCCCAGAAGCAGCAGCACAGUUCAGCCUUCAGACCAGCCAGAAUCCGAGGAAGCCUUCAGUCAAUCAGAACCGCCUCACACUGCUGCUGUCAGCCCAGCGGAGCCACCAGAUCCCAGCACACAGAGCCGGACCAGAGCUGAGACAAGACAAGAGAAACCCGCACUCAUUCCACCCUCUGCACAGUCAGCUCCAAACCCCCUAGGCCCCCCCGAGCCCAUGGUGCUUUCCGGUACAUUCCAGGGGAUGUCAGGUGCAGCAGAGAGCGAAACAGAGCGUCCACUUCUGAACCUGACCUUUCCCCUCUGGAACAAUGCCCAGCCUGCACAGGCCGUGCUGGAGGACAUGGAGCUCAGCUGCCAGAGGCCAGACACUGUGGUGCUGUCUGAAGACACCAAGAACUUGAAAGUGAUUGGGGAAUGGGGGGAGCAGCUGGUCAACUCCUUCCUGUGUCACUGGAGGGACAGUCAUGACCCCGAGCGCCCCGCCCACGUGCUGUGGAGCAAUCAAAGUGGAGAGAGCGGCUGGCCCUAUGACUUCAAGCUGAGCUUUGGAGUGUCUGGAGAGCAGGAGGAGGUGUUUGUGGAGGUGAAGUCCACUGUUAGGAAGGAGAAGGCCUACAUCCAGCUCUCUGUUAAUGAACUGGACUUUGCACUGAAAAAGAAGGAGUGCUACCAAAUCUUCAGAGUGUACAGUGCGGGGGACGCUCAGAGUGUUCGCCUGUGUCGCAUCAGGAACCUGGCGCAGCAGCUGCAGACCAAGACACUGCCGUUAUUCCUGCUUGUAUAGCUUCUUGGAGGAUGUGGGGACUCUCCAGAAGCAGUGAUCACUACUUUCCUCUUGACAUUUGAGCAUUUGAUUCAUUUUAUCAAAGUGAUGAUAAUGCUUCUUUACUGAAGCAUUCUUUUCAAUUAAAAAUACUUUGUGUUCUGAAC